AUGGAGGUGACAAUUUCGGUUCAAAAAUAUCGAACUUAUCCGGCAAUCAUGUGUAAACACCAAACCCAAAGAAAUCAGGAUAAAACCAAAGCGGUGACAAAGCGUACCGCGUUAGGACCCAACUUGGACAAAACGUACCGCGUUUCGCCGUGGUCCAAUCAGAACGGCCAAUUUUUGCCUCAUUACAUGAGGCAAAUACUGGAAGCUCUGAGAUACUGCCACGAAAACGAUAUUAUACACCGAGAUAUUAAGCCAGAAUGUGUCUUGUUGGCGACCAUGGAAAAUUCGGCUCCAGUAAAACUUGGCGGUUUUGGUGUUGCCGUACAGCUUCCGGACCGACAUUUGAUAAACGCCCUCGGUCGCGUAGGAUGUCCACAUUUCAUGGCUCCCGAGGUGGUGGAAAGGCGACAAUAUGGGAAAGCUGUAGAUAUAUGGGCGGCGGGUGUAAUGUUACAUCUUCUUUUAUCUGGUACCCUUCCAUUUCACGGCACCGGUCGAAGGCUGCUUGACACAAUUUGUCGCGGAAAACUUUAUUUAGAUACCGCUCAGUUUGAAAUAAUUAGUGACAGCGCUAAAGAUUUAAUCAAACAAAUGUUAACGGUGGAUCCUUCGCAGAGGAUAACAAUUCAAGAAGUUUUAAGCCAUAGAUGGAUACGGGAGCGAGAUAAAGGAUUACGAAUUCACCUCAACGACACCGUAGAAGAACUUAAAAAAUUUAAUGCUAGAAGAAAAUUAAAAACUAUGAUACUAAGUGCGGUUAAUUCCAUUAAAUGGAUUCCUUGUGAUGAUUUUAAUUCCGACAAUUUUUCGGAUUUUGAAGAUGAUGAAGCUUCAUCUUGUGCGGUAGCAACAAUUAUGGAUUCGUUAGAUGAUAUAUAUUGCCUACAAGAAUCUGCACCUCACGAGCGAGCUCAUCUUUUAGCACUUUUAGAAGAUAGAAAUCUACAUUCCUUAUUAGAGCUUUUUGAUCGUAUAUGUAGUAAAGUUGUAACGCCGGUACGAGCGCCACCUAGUGAUGCUGCGCAACGUGCACGGAACGCUAUCGACGCUGUUAGGGACCUGGAACAGCGUCGCGGCGUCGAUCACAGGGAUCUGCAGGAACUACGGGAUCUACUGAACAGGGCGCAUUUUAAGCAAAUAAAUCUUUUAAGUUCUGAACAACUCCUUAAGUCUCGUGUUAAAUUAAUUAUUGACAGAAAAUGA